AUGCGCAAACGCAAACUAACGAUUAUCGAUCUGCCAUUCGCAGCUGAUAAGUUCAGUCAUUUUCCUACAGAAAUUUUGUACAUUUUAUACCAAAAAAUUAUCGAGAUGUUAUUUGUAGUGAUGAAUUAUUCAGCCUUCUUUAUAUUGAUAUCGCUUGUGGGCAGUGAACGAUUUUCAGAAAAAUUACGAGUGAAACGGUCCGAAAUAGAUUUGCAAACUUGCAUUGAUAACUUCAAUGUACACAAAGAUAAAAUAAUUAGAACGCAAGAUUCUCAAAACAUGGGAGCAAAAUAUCUGAACGAAAUAGAUUUGGGAUCUAGGGAGGAAUGUUUGCGGUUAUGUUGCGAAACUGAGAAUUGUGACGUUUUCGUAUUCGAGGAAAAGAAUUCUGGUAGCUGUUACCUCUUCCAUUGUGGUCCGCCAGAAGAUUUUAAAUGUAAAUUCACUCAUCACGUGAACUAUUCGAGCGCCGUUCUAGCCAUAAAUAGACAUCUGCCGGAUUUAGAAAGCCAAAUUAAGCUCACCAAGCACGAACAGGAUUUAACAAAGCUCAGGAAACCAGAAACUGAUCCGGAGGUCCUGAGACCGAUUGUUCCUGAAAUUAUCACAACACAUGCUCCAACAACUACCACCAUGGUUUUGUCGAAGGAAUUAAUCCCUAUCAACAAACCCAAUGAAGUCUCAGAACAAGGUACUAGCGUAGGUAUUAUUAUUGAAAAAUCAUCUUGA